GAGAGGUCGGGGAGGAGGCUGCACUGGGCAUGCGCGCAGGAGAGGCGGCGCGGGCGGCGCAGUAGGCGCUGCGUUCACGCCCCCCUUCCCGCUUCCUCCACAUUCUCGCCGACCCCGCGGGCGCAGGGACCAUGGGGGACGCUCCGGGCGCUGAGGAGAGCCUGACCGCGGAGCCCCAGCUGGCCGAGAGGGGAGCAGGAAGCAUCGCCCCGGAGGCACCCCAGCAAGAACCCGGGCUGCUCUACCAGGAGGAAACCAUUGAUCUCGGGGGCGACGAGUUCGGGUCAGAGGAGAAUGAGGCCGUCUCGGAUGAUUCCAAUAACUUCGCAGACAAGCUCAGCGAGCACAUGAUGGAGAGCGUCCUCAUUUCGGAUUCCCCGAACAACAGCGAAGACGACACAGGCGACCUGGGCGGUGACCUUGGUGGGGCGCAGGAUGUCCGGGAGCCUGCAGGAGGCAGUGCUGAUCGCAGCCCGGACAGUGUCCCGGGCCAAGGCAAAGGCGCCACGGACACGCCCAGUCCUGACAGUGAGAGCGACGGAGACAAGGCACCGAAGGGCAUCUCAGAAGGCACUCCUGGCGCCAGGGUGGCCUUGACGGCAGACCCAGAGCCGGAAGGGAAAGGCUUGCCCGCCUGUGAGCAUGACGAUGCCGGGGAGCCGGGCCCCAGGCACCAGGGCCCGCCGCCUCCCAAGGACGCGCCCGUGCCCGUGUGCACCAUCUUCAGCCAGGCCCCGGCCGCGGCCGCCCAGCCCAGCCCCUUCCUGCAGGACGGCUUCGAGUCCCAGAUGGUGAAGUCGCCCAGCUUCAGCGGCCCCAGCCGGCCGGCCUCCAGGACGCCUCCCCCGGCGGUCCAGCCCAGCCCCAGCCUGAGCACGUUCUUCGGGGAGACCGCCAGCGCCAGCUCCCUGGCCUCGGACUUCUUUGAUUCCUUCACUACCUCCGCGUUCAUUUCCGUCAGUAACCCCCACGCCGGCACGGCGGUUCCCGGGCCGCUGUCUCCACUCGCCUCCCCGCGGACGGAGAGCUCAGAGCCAGCUGUGCCCACGGCCUCGCUGGAAACCCCUCCGUCCCCGAAGCCCUUCUCCCAGAUCCAGGCCGUGUUCGCAGGGAGCGAGGACCCCUUCGCCACCGCCCUGAGCAUGAGCGAGAUGGACCGCAGGAGCGACGCCUGGCUGCCCGGGGAGGCGACCAGGGACGUCCUGGUCUCAGUGGCCACGCAGCAGUACCGCACCGUGUUCGUGGACAAGGAGAACCUCACCAUGCCGGGCCUCAAGUUCGACAACAUCCAGGGAGAUGCCGUCAAGGACCUGCUGCUGCGCUUCCUGGGGGAGAAGGCGGCGGCGCGGAGGACGGUGGCGGACGCCAGCGCGGUGGAGCAGUCCUUCGUCGGCUUGAAGCAGCUCAUUAGCAGCAGAAACUGGAGGGCGGCGGUGGACCUGUGCGGGCGCCUCCUCACAGCCCACGGCCAAGGCUACGGCAAGAGCGGGCUGCCCACCAGCCACACGGCAGACUCGCUGCAGCUGUGGUUCGUGCGGCUGGCGCUGCUGGUGAAGCUGGGCCUGUUCCAGAACGCGGAGCUGGAGUUCGAGCCCUUCGGCAGCCUGGACCAGCCCGACCUCUACUACGAGUACUACCCGCACGUGUACCCGGGGCGCAGGGGCUCCAUGGUCCCCUUCUCCAUGCGCAUCCUGCACGCGGAGCUGCAGCAGUACCUGGGGAACCCGCAGGAGUCACUGGACCGGCUGCACCGGGUGAAGGCUGUCUGCAGCCAGAUCCUGGCCCACCUGGAGCAAGGCCUGGCCGAGGACGGCAGCAUGAGCAGCAUCUCGCCCGAGAACAGGCAAGCCUCCGUGCAGCUGUGGCGGUCCCGCCUGGGCCGGGUGACCUGCUCCAUGGCCAACUGCCUGCUGCUGAUGAAGGACUACGUGCUGGCCGUGGACGCCUACCGCUCCGUCAUCCAGUUCCACCCCGAGCAGGAGCCGCAGCUGCUCAGCGGCAUCGGCCGCAUCUUCCUUCAGAUUGGAGACAUAAAAACGGCCGAGAAGUAUUUUCAGGACGUGGAGAAAGUGACACAGAAGCUGGACGGGCCGCAGGGGAAGAUGAUGGUGCUGAUGAACAGAGCUUUCCUUCACCUCGGCCAGAACAACUUCGCAGAAGCCCACAGGUUCUUCACAGAGAUCUUAAGGACUGACCCCACAAAUGCAGUGGCCAACAACAACGCGGCCGUGUGCCUGCUGUACCUGGGCCGGCUCAAGGACUCGCUGCGGCAGCUGGAGGCGCUGGUGCAGCAGGAGCCCGGGCACUGCCUGCACGAGAGUGUGCUCUUCAACCUGACCACCAUGUACGAGCUCGAGUCCUCCCGCAGCGCGCAGAAGAAGCAGGCGCUGCUCGAGGCGGUCGCCGGCCGCGAGGGCGACAGCUUCAACACGCAGUGCCUCAAGCUGGCCUAGCCCCGCCGGCUGGGGCUCUGGCUCCUGGGAACUGCGCACGGGAGCCACCGGGCGGGGCUGGCCGUCCCGGUCCUGUGAGGCCUCGCUAACCCUCCCGACUGGGGUGUCGGGGCCUCGUGCUGCUGAUUCCUGGAGGCGGGGCUGCUUGGUUUGUCAGUGCUGAAUGUCCUCAGAGGAGAGUGGGAAGAUGGACUAUAAUCUGUUCCCAUGCGCCUGGGCGUUGGGGCGUUUGUAACUGCAGGGGACACCACGGGACGACACCCCUCCUCCCAGCCCCAGAGGGACCCAUCGUCUAGCCAUCGGCGCUUUCCAGCCCAGGCAUGAAAGGAGACGGCUGCUUACUUAUUUCUAAAGUUUAUUGAUGAGAGAGA